AUGAAUCAAGAGCGAGGCGCUCCGCCAGAGGCAUGGAACCUUCUGUUCUCUGAACUGCUCGCAGCUACCGCUACACUCCGGGAGAAACUAGACUACUUAAGGCAACUCUCCGUUACACUGGAAUCACAGCAGACGCUCCGUGAAUGGGCUGCAGAGUACGCGCCUUCUGUGCUCAGCGCUGCGCAAGCAAGUAUUGCUUCAGCCCAGUUCAUGAUUGAGACGCUUUCUACUGGGGCUCCGACUCACCAAGGGACACUCGAAAACGAAACUGUUCAGGUGGGCUCGACACCUGAAACACUAUCCGAAAACAUCGAACUCGGAAAGUUAUCGGCCAAGAGAGCGUUAGCCGCCAGCCCAGUUGGUUUCAGAGAGGUCCAAGAGGCCUCGAGCUACGGUGUCGAGCAGCGCGAAGCUCGCACUUAUAACGGCCAUGCGGCAGCGCGCAGCGGCUCCCGCGAGACCGGUGUCCCAGUCAACAGCAAAGCGCAUCGUUUACGGUUCACUGAAGCGGAGGAUGCGAUAUUCAGCGAGGUUUACCAUGAGCUUGCUCCAAGGAUCCGUAGCAAAGUUCAGAUCGCGAAAGAGGUACAAGCCCGUCUUCCCAAUGGCCAGGAACGCAAAUGGAAUGUCGUCUACAAGCAUUUGCUGCUGCUCAAGGAAAAAUAUGACUGGCCGAGCUAUUCGAAGAAUGAAAAGCACGCACCGAGCGGGGCAGAUGACGACAGUCAGGUUUAUCUGAACGACGCUGUCAUUGGUGUACGAGAAGCCCCGAACAGACAAACCCCGCUCUCCGCUCGAGGGCCGACUAUGCCGCGAGGCGCCUCGUCACCGAAAGAGUCCAAGCUAGACACCCCUUGGGAAUUGUAA